CUAACACAGGCCGCAAGAAAAAAACAAAACAAAUAGCGUUUUUGGCAUAAAAUAAACAAAAUUAAGAAAGUAAUUGAUUAAAUUGGUGCUUGAAGUCACUAUUUAAUCGAAAAAGACAGAGCAGCAAAAUGGCCAGCAGUUCUAGAACCACAAUUUUGCCGCAAUCGAAAGAGGCUCUGCUAAAAUCGUACAAUGCCCGCCUAAAAGAUGAUGUUCGCAGCAUGCUAGAGAACUUUGAGGAAAUCCUAAAGCUAGCCCGGCGCGAAAGUCACAGCCAAAUCUCCAAGACAACACAAUGCGAACAGGAUGCCCUGGAAAUGCAAGUGCGGGCGGCGAAUAUGGUUCGCGCUGGUGAGUCUUUAAUGAAACUAGUGGCCGACCUUAAGCAAUACCUCAUCCUCAACGAUUUCCACUCUGUUAAUGAGGCCAUCACAAAUAACUCGCAACUAUUUCGGGCCACGCAAAUCGAAUGCGACAAGAAGCUAAUGAAAUUGAGGGACGAAAUGGCCAUGGAUCUGUACGAUCUGGAAGAGGAGUACUACACUAGCAUAUUCAAGUAGCCUAAAUGAAUAUAAAACGAGAUGAAAACGUAUGCUUAAUGGCUGAUUUCUGAAAAGGAGCUUUUAUAUUCGUGAUUUUGAUGGCAAACAGAUUUUUACCGGUAAUUCUUUAUUUUAUAUUUUGUACCUAUCACUGGCCCGUACGUAUUUUGACAAAAUUGAGUUAUUCACUAAGGCCUCCAAAUGAAAGAUACACGUCUCAAGCAAGCUUUGUCCCCAUAGAAGUUUAGAUUAAGGUUUUUUAAUAUUAAAGUAUUUGUUUUCCAUUAACUCUUGA